AUGAACCGUCUCAUUCUGCCAACAUCGCGCUCAGUUGUGAAGUCGUUCCAGCGUAACUCAUCUGGUUCCUUCUACUCGAGCAACAAUGUUGAAGGAUUUAAGGAUUCUCUGACCAGCACCUUGAAGCAGUCGGACACUACCAGAGAAACUUGGAAGAAGAUUUUCUUCCUUGCAUCGAUUCCUUGCCUCGCCCUCACCAUGUAUGCUGCAUUCAAAGAUCAUAAGAAGCAUAUGUCCCACGAGCGUCCAGAAUACGUCGAAUACUCCUACUUGAAUGUCCGCAACAAGCCAUUCCCAUGGGGAGACGGAAACCAUUCGCUCUUCCACAACAAGGCUGAGCAAUACGUUCCUGGAGUUGGAUUCGAGGCUGAGCGUGAGAAGCACCAUUAA